UUCUUAUUAAAUUUAUCCUUAAAAUAUAAAUUUAAUUUCAUGUUUCCCCUGGAUUUCUAUGGUGAGCAACGCAAAGUUAGGAGAAAAAAGAAAAAAUCGAGGAGACGAAAGGGGCAGUCUCUCUCCAGUACCCACUUGUGUUUUAGUUCCGCUACUAUCAACUUCACCCACGAAAAAGAAGUUAACAGAGAGAGAGAGAUAGAGAGUUCAAGUAGAGGGGAGAGAGUCAUAAAGUAGACGCCUAAACGGCGGGGAACGGUAGCGCCGGGCCCUAAUUUCGCGGCCUGGUUUGGUAAUAUGGAUUCUUGUACUUUCUCUCUCUCCCAAGGUCGCUUCGUUCCCACGGCAAUUAUACUUUGAUACCCAGUAAAAGAUCGAUUCGUGAACUUUCGAUUAUCUUUCUUAUAUUUUUAUUAGUAUUAUUCAUAACACUGGCACCCCUUAAAGGAACUCAAGCAUUUCUUCGAUUAUCAUCCAUUAUAGCAGAUCGAUUCGAUUUCAAAUCGAAGAGAAAGAAGAGUGGAGGAUUUUACCGUGAAAAGAUGCUAUCUAUUUUGAGAUUCUCUGGAUAUUUUUCAGCCGCAACCUUGUUGAUCGUUCUAUCUCUUUCUUUCCAAUCAUCUCCUCCCGCAGAAGCCAUUAAAUCCUCCCAUCUGUUCUCCGUUGAUUCAUUAAAUCCAUUUUCAUUCCGAAAAGCUUCGAUAUUUCACAAUGCAGAUGAAUGUGGCAGUAGUGCCCACAAAGUCAACGGUAGAGCCGGUGUUUGCGAUCCCUCCCUGGUCCAUGUAGCGAUUACUCUCGAUGUUGAGUACCUUCGUGGGUCAAUCGCAGCGGUUCAUUCCAUUUUGCAACAUUCCAUGUGUCCAGAGAGUAUUUUCUUUCACUUCUUGGUCUCAGAGACUAAUCUGGAAAACCUAGUGAGAUCCACUUUCCCACAAUUGAAGUUCAAGGUUUAUUAUUUCGAACCAGAAAUUGUACGAAACAUGAUCUCCACUUCUGUUAGACAAGCACUUGAACAGCCGUUAAAUUAUGCCAGGAAUUAUUUGGCUGAUCUGCUAGAGCCAUGUGUUCGCAGAGUGAUUUACUUAGACUCUGAUUUAGUGGUUGUUGACGAUAUUGCAAAACUCUGGGCUACAAGCUUGGGCUCUAAAACAAUCGGUGCGCCGGAAUACUGCCACGCAAACUUCACCAAAUAUUUUACGGCAACGUUUUGGAGGAAGGGAAAAUUUUCUGCGACUUUUUACGGAAGAAAACCUUGUUACUUUAAUACCGGAGUGAUGGUCAUAGAUCUGGUUAAGUGGAGACUGGCCGGAUACACCAAAAGGAUCGAGAGAUGGAUGGAGAUUCAGAAGAGUGACAGAAUCUACGAGCUCGGCUCACUGCCGCCGUACCUCCUGGUUUUUGCCGGACAUGUGGCGCCGAUUGAACACAGGUGGAAUCAGCACGGUUUGGGUGGGGAUAAUGUGCGUGGCAGCUGUCGUGACCUACACCCUGGUCCGGUUAGCUUACUGCAUUGGUCCGGUAGUGGAAAGCCGUGGAUUAGGCUUGACUCUAAGCGACAUUGCCCCCUUGAUACACUAUGGGCACCAUACGAUUUAUACGGCCACUCACAUUGAAUUAUCAUCACCAUCCUCUUUUUCUUGGUGCCGGUAAAUUUUAUUCAAGGACUAUUUUUUAUUUUUUCAUAUUUAUCUUCCUCAUAAUUUAAUUUUUUUCCUUUUUCUCUACUCCAAUUUUUUCUUUUGUGACUCGACUCUUGUUAUUUCUCAGUGAUUUGUAUUCUAUUCUAUUAUUUCUUUGUGUCUCUUGAAAAUAAAAGGAAAAAAGAUAUUCAAUUUGUUAUUGUACGUUAUCUGUGUAUAUAAUAGAGCUGUUUUUUGAGAUGUAAUUUGCAUUAGGGCCAUUGUUAGUACCCUAGGAAAAGCCAGAUAUGAAUAACCUCCCAUGGUGGCAGCACUACACGUGGUUGUAGUGUCAUUAAAGUGAAGGGCUUUUCCCAAAUGCGCAACUGGCAAAUAUAAUUUAUCAGGCUCACGUCUUUUGUCGGUGUAGCUGUUUGUUUCUUGAGAAUUUUCAAAUUUCCCUGAAAUGCCCUUGUGAUACAGCGGUUGGUAAAGGACUUUAAUAAAGAGGUAGUCUUCUGGAUUA